UGCUUUUUAUACAAAAUGCUUGUCUUUUUCUGUACGGUCCGUGCACAAAUCUGAUUUGCAUUUCAUCCAGGACUUUGCAAGAUAAAUUCGAACUUCAUGCUCAUAUAUCAGUGAUUCCUUUCAAAUCGGAAAAGAAAGAAGAUGUCAAAAUCGGUGACCUUCUUAACUACUUGAUCUAUAACUUGGUUUGUUUUUCUACUUAUAAUCAAUUUAUGUAUUUUGACUUUUGGAAAAGUUUAGUGAAUAUUUUUUGAAAAUAAAGAGUAUAAAGUUAUUUUUGUUUAUGAAAAAGGUUUAUAUAAUUUUAUUAUUUCAAUAUUUUAAAGUAUUCAGGAAGAUAUGAUUUAGAUAGGUCUCAUAAUGAGUCAAAAUGUCUUUUUUGCACUACUAAUUGUUAUAUUAUUACAUGAACUUAUCACGUUUGCUUAAGGUGAUAUUAUGAUUUUCUAAAUUGAACUUUAGAAUCAUUACUUUUUCGUGAUUUUGCAACAUUUCAUUUAACUCCAAAGCAUUCAAUAUCAAUAAUAUAAUUCUAUUUUGGUUUAGAGACAAGUAAUUUUACAUUAGAUCAAUGCGUUCAAUACUUUUCAUGACAGCGUUGAAGAAGUCUCGUACACAGUAAUCGUAUUAACUUCAGUAUAUAAAAUUGGAUAUUAAUUAACCUAAUAUUUUGGAUGAAGAUGAUCGGCACAUACGGAUUAAACAGUUAGAGUUUUAAACAAGAGGUGCUGAAGCCUGUGUGUGAAAGAGAUAUAGGAUGUGACUUGAUUUCGUUCAUAGCAGCUUCAUUUGACAUAGGAAGAAAUUUUGUCCCACCCCUCAUUAAUUUCAAUCUUCUUUUUGAAACUGUCUUUGUGAUUGGAAACUAGUGACGGAACAACACGCCCAAAAUACUUUAAUGCUACACUCAUUGUCAAGCCAAUGAAAAAACACCUUUAGCCAGAAUCUCACGGCAAAGACUUCUUAAAAGUUUGAAAUGGAAGCAGCAAGUCUCCUAAAUUUUCCUUUGUUGAAAUUUCAAAGAGUUUUGCAUGAUAUAUUAUAUGUAUUGGUAAGAAAUGGAAGGAAAUGAGUUCAUAUUUGCUUAGAAAUGAGGUUGGGUGUGGUGGUGAGUUUGUUGUUGUACUUUGUGGUACUUUUAGAGUGUGAUGGGUGUUUGGAGAAGGAGAGAAUCGGUCUACUUGAAAUCAAGAGCUAUAUCUUAUCACUAGGUCGGGAUGAGCAGAAUGAGUUGGAAUUGGGUUCAUGGGUUGAAAAUAGAAGUAGUGAUUGUUGUGCUUGGAACAGAGUCAAAUGUUCCAAUAUCUCAAGUGAACAACACGUAACACACUUGUUUCUGGACAGUCUCAAUUCAAGAGGUGCUCAUUUGAUAAACGGUUCGUUGUUUAGUCCUUUUCAAGAGUUGCUCAGCCUCGACUUAUCCAGGAACGACUAUCAAGGUUGGAUUAGCAAAGGGUUUCCAAGAUUGAUGAAGUUGGAGAACUUAAAGCUUUCAGAUAACUCAAUGAAUGGUAUUCUAUCUGAUAUGGAUAUUCAAAAUUUGCGAAGGUUGAAAGUGUUAGACUUGGGCACAAAUAAUUUAUACGGCUCAAUUGAAGGAUUAUGUGAAAUUCAAGAUCUUAUAGAGUUAGGUCUCAACUCAAAUAGGUUUAGCGGUGAAAUUCCAGAGUGUCUAAGCAUCUUCAGAAACCUCCAAGUUCUUGAUCUUUCUCAAAAUCAAUUCAGUGGCACUUUUCCAUCCUUCAUUGGAAAUAUGACAUCCCUUUCAUAUUUGUCUCUCUUUGACAACAACUUACAAGGCUCAUUUUCAUUGAGUAUUUUGGCUAACCAUUCAAAACUUCAGGUUCUUUAUAUUUCUCCAACAAGCCCUAAAACACAAGUUGAAACUGAAAAUGAACAAUGGUUUCCAACAUUUCAGUUAAAGUAUCUCAUCCUUCGAAGUUGCAACUUAAAUUUGGAUAAAGGAAGUGUUAUUCCAAGUUUUCUCCAAUAUCAGAAAGAGCUCCAAUAUAUCGACAUCUCGGACAACAAAUUGGUUGGAGCAUUUCCAAAUUGGUUGAUUCAAAAUAACUCAAGACUCAAAUAUUUCUUGGUUUCGAAUAACUUAUUUGAUGGAAAACUUGAAUUGUUCUCCAUCAGACAAAAUAUAACUUGGCUAGAUAUCUCAAACAACAAUGUUUCUGGUUCACUCCCAAAAGAUAUUGGUACAUUCCUUCCUGUGGUCAGGAGGUUAAAUCUGUCAACAAAUAACUUUGAAGGAAGUAUACCUACUUCAAUUGGUGAAAUGCAAGAACUUUCCUCCUUGGAUUUGUCUCACAAUCACUUCUCAGGUGAAUUGCCUGAUGAAUUAGCAAUCGGGUGCAUUAGCCUCCAAGAAUUAAGGCUUUCCAACAAUCUUUUCCAUGGGAAUAUUCCUAAAUUUUCCAAUUUUACAUCUUUGUCAAUCUUGUUUGUCAAUAACAACAACCUCAAUUGCACUCUGAAAGAAGUAUUGCAAAAUUUGAAUGGUAAUGGAUUAAUGGUAAUAGACAUAUCCAGCAAUUCAAUCUCAGGCUCAAUUCCUAGUUCAAUUGCAAAGUUAUCACGUGUGUGGAUUCUUCUCAUGGGAAAUAAUCAAUUGGAAGGUGAAAUCCCCAUUGAAUUCUCCAACCUAGUGAUGCUUUUUGUGUUGGAUCUUUCACAAAAUAGAUUAUCUGGGUCAAUCUCACAUGUUAAUCCAUCAAUCUUGAGGGUCUUGUAUCUGCAAAAGAAUGCUUUCUCAGGCUCCAUACCUCUCAGAUUCUUUGAGAACCCAACAAGCCUAACAACUCUAGACUUGAGGGAUAAUAAUUUUUCUGGGAAUAUUCCCUACAUGAUUGAUAAACUAUCAGAAUUACGAGUGCUUUUACUUGGAGGGAAUAAUUUUUCUGGUUACAUCCCUGUUCAAUUAUGCCAAUUACAAGAUAUCACCUUAAUAGAUCUUUCACGCAAUAAGCUCAAGGGUUCAAUACCAUCUUGCUUCAACAAUCUUUCAUUUGGACUAGAAGAGAAUCAUGAUUCUUCGGACCACACAGUCGCCACUACUACAGAAUUGAUCAUAGAUAGCGCUCAAUAG